GCCGUCCCCGCCGCCCUCCGCCCUCCGCCCUCGCGCCCGGCCCCGCAGUGCCCGCCGCGCUCCCGCGCUCCGUUCCGCCCAGGCCGCGCCCAGCUGGAAUGCAGAGAUCGCCGCCCGGCUACGGCGCACAGGACGACCCGCCCGCCCGCCGCGACUGUGCAUGGGCCCCGGGACGCGGGGCCGCCGCUGACCCGCGCGGCCUCGCCGCCGCCCCCGCCGCGCCCGCCGCGCCCGCCUCGCCGCCCAGCCCGCCGCGCAGCCCGCCGCGCAGCCCCGAGCCGGGGCGCUAUGGCCUCAGCCCGGCCGGACGCGGGGAACGCCAGGCGGCCGACGAGUCGCGCAUCCGGCGGCCCAUGAACGCUUUCAUGGUGUGGGCGAAGGACGAGCGCAAGCGGCUGGCUCAGCAGAACCCCGACCUGCACAACGCGGUGCUCAGCAAGAUGCUGGGCAAAGCGUGGAAGGAGCUGAACGCGGCGGAGAAGCGGCCCUUCGUGGAGGAGGCCGAGCGGCUGCGCGUGCAGCACCUGCGCGACCACCCCAACUACAAGUACCGGCCGCGCCGCAAGAAGCAGGCGCGCAAGGCCCGGCGGCUGGAGCCCGGCCUCCUGCUCCCGGGAUUGGCGCCGCCGCAGCCGCCCGAGCCUUUCCCCGCGGCGCCCGGCUCGGCCCGCGCCUUCCGCGAGCUGCCCGCGCUGGGCGCCGAGUUCGACGGCCUGGGGCUGCCCACGCCCGAGCGCUCGCCCCUGGACGGCCUGGAGCCCGGCGAGGCCGCCUUCUUCCCGCCGCCCGCGGCGCCCGAGGACUGCGCGCUGCGGCCCUUCCGCGCGCCCUACGCCCCCGCCGAGCUGUCCCGGGACCCCGGCGGCUGCUACGGGGCCCCCCUGGCCGAGGCGCUCAGGACCGCGCCCCCCGCGGCGCCGCUCGCCGGCCUGUACUACGGCGCCCUGGGCGCGCCAGGCCCCUUCCCCGGCCCGCUGUCGCCGCCGCCCGAGGCCCCGCCGCUGGAGAGCGCCGAGCCGCUGGGGCCCGCGGCCGACCUGUGGGCCGACGUGGACCUCACCGAGUUCGACCAGUACCUCAACUGCAGCCGGACUCGGCCCGACGCCCCCGGGCUCCCGUACCACGUGGCGCUGGCCAAGCUGGGCCCGCGCGCCAUGUCCUGCCCCGAGGAGAGCAGCCUGAUCUCCGCGCUGUCGGACGCCAGCAGCGCCGUCUACUACAGCGCGUGCAUCUCGGGCUAGGCCCGGCGCGUCCCCGCAGCGCUUCCUCCCGCGCCCCCCGCGAGUGACCCGGCCGGCCACGUCGCUGCCCGCCCCGCUCUCUCCACGCCUGUAUGUUUGGCUCCGUGUCACGGCCCCACUAGGAGCCGAGGGAUGCUCGGCCUUGCGCCCGGUCCACCCCCAGGCCACCUUCCUGGGCUUCUGGGCCACCUGCCGUCAGGGGCCCCCCGCGAGGGUGCCUGGAGUUCCCACUAUCCCGGAGCUUCUCCUGGAGGCCGAGGACCUGUGGCCAGGGUCUCAUUUUUGAAGCACCUAUUCUUUUUUCUUGCAGUGUAUUUUCUACAACCAGAUUAUAUUAAUAUUUUUUACUUUGCCCUUUUAAAAAAUAUACCUAAUACAAUAUAUUUAAUUUUUAAACUCUUAAACUUUUUUUCCAA